AUGCGGAUGUUUCGACUCGAAAUCAGUUUACACCAUGGAACAUGCAUCACAUCGAUCGAUGUAUUCGGUAUUGUCACAUUUCUAAAAAAGAAUUGGGUGACCCAAGAAAGUAGCAAGAACUGCCAAUCGUUCUCCGAGAUCUAUGACGAGUCCAGCCAGUCCCCUAAGGAUCAAGAGAAUAACCUCGAUCAAGACGAAGAAACUACGCUACGGAAAGAAGCAAGCGGCACUUAA